CGACCCGUCGGCGACCCGCCGCCGCUCUCGAACGUCGCCGAUCCACGGCGCAGAUCCCGCACGAGGUUUGCUCACCUCAUAGGCUCGCGGGCGCAGGACUGCCACGCCUAGCCGGCUCUUGAAUUUUAGCGCACGCGGAUCUGGUGGGUGCUGCUGCCUCGGCGAUGUCGAGGGUCCGGAACAGGACGGAGGACUUCAAGGAGUCCGUUCGCGUCGCCGCGCUCUCCCAUGGCUACACGGAGAUCUUCAGAAUUAUAUGGCCCUGAUCCGAUGAUGUUCUCUGCCAUAGAAUACUCACCAUGCGUGCAACUUGCUUUUCUCCUGCUCGAUUUCGGACCCCCUUGGUUGAUGGAUGAAGUAGAAACAGACUCCAACCUUGUAAAGCAACAUAUGUUCUCAUCUUCCCAGCCAUCAUUGCUACCGAUCCUGGCAUCACAUCUCGAUGCAACUCGCCUUCUGGCCAUUGCCGGCAAGCUGCUGCCCCUGAAGUAAACUUUGAGAUCUCUUUUCCGUGCGUAGGGUACUCCUCCUCCGGCUGCUCUGAAUCUUUCUUCAGAAAAAUCAGCGCUCUGAGACAAGCCUCGCGCGCUCCGGCUCGGCCUCCUCCGCCCGUGCGUAUUCACGUCGGGCUCCCUCGUGCACGCCUACCUCCGCUUCGGCCGCGUCUCGGAGGCCUACAGGCUGUUCGACGAAAUGCCCGAGCGGAACCUGCCCGCAUGGAACGCGAUGCUGUCCGGACUGUGCCACAACGCCCACGUGUCAGAGACGGAGAAAGGGUCGUCACCAUGUUCCAGGAAGGCUACAGGGCUUUCCAGGUCGCCUUCACCAAGAUCAUGGAGAAGAAGCUCGGCGACAACCCAUUGGGUCCAAUUCUGUCAGCGGACAAGAAAUUGGUCGACGCCAAGUUGGCCAAGGAGGCGGACGAGCACAAGUCCAAGGGAGAGGCCCGCAAGGAGAAGCGCAUUGCUGCGCGGAAGGGUCAUAAAAUACAUGAGAAUGCUAUUGACAACAAAGAAAAGAUGCUUAUCAAGGUUGCAACCCAAGUUGUUGUCAGGUUGUUCAAUGAGGAAAAUAUGCUAUGGCACGAUAGUUGUUUCUGAAGACUUAGGACAGGGCUCCAUGAUACCUCUCCCAUAUGGCAAUAUAUGGCAACUCUCAUACUCAUCAUACUCGGUUCAAUUCUCUGUAUAUAUUCGCGGAAGAGAUUUUCUUAGUUCAAGCUGCAAUUAGUUCCACACUUACUUACUUACCUACUAUGGGCUUAUUUGAUUCAAAGGGUUCCAUUAGGGGUUUGGAGGAUUUGAAUCCUUAGGAAGUCUUCUGGUGUAGGUUACUUGAUUAACUUUAUUGAAAUCCUUAAAAAUUGGGACCAGGUGAGCAAGCGACAAACUAGGAAAGGUUUGAAUCCAUCAAGAAGUAAAGAUGUCAAAUGUAUGACCUUUUCCUUUUCAAUGCUAUUCACUUCCUUCAAUGUUUGAAGAUUCAUUUGACUCCUUCGUCUACUCUUUUGUACUUCUAAUUGGUGGAUGGCCAAACUUUGUAUUAUCGUUAUCUAUUAAUUAUCUGGAAAA